UAGAGCUGGCUAAAAAAAAGUUACAGUGCGUGUGCUAUACUAGCCGGUGUACCUUCUGCUGUCGCUUAUUGUUUCGUUCAUCGCUGUGUGAGGUGUAAACCCAAUGGGACACCGUGGGAAAAAUGGCGUCGCAUGGACACCUCAGCCAGAAUGAACUUUUGGAGGUCGACAUUUCUUGCGAUGACAACUAUUCGGAUGGGGAAAACGAAGUCUUUGUCAACUCGGGUGCAUCUUACGACGGGUUCCCUGCGUUUCAGCACUGGGUACCUGCCGCUGCUCCAACUACUGAGUUUGGACAGUCGGAGGGGGGCGCCAGUCUGUUCGGCCAGAGCGCCCCAUCAACCAGGCAUCCGAGCCAGAACCACGGUUCGGAGGAUACAGUUCGAUUUAGCAGCGACAGUGACGAUUUUUGUGACACUAGACACGGGGGUGCGGGAGACACCCUUGCCCCAAGAUCAUCUAUUGUGGAUUAUCUUCUGAUCGAGCUGUAUGACACCUAUACCUGUAACAGCAGGAAGAGCGUUGACAGCGUGGAUAGCUCCACUGAGGCGUCCGGUUCAGAUGCUUUCCUUGGCCGGAGCAAUACAGAGUCAAACUUUCUGCAAGAGCUACAAGAUAAGCAGACCAAACGACACCAGGUGCAGUAUCUGUCUCAAAAAGAUAUUGACGAGCUGAAGAGGAUUAUACAGGAAGUGAACUAUCGGAUCGGGGUGCAGUCUGCAAAGCUGGUCCGCCAGGUGAAGAGGAAGGACCGGCUAACCAACAAAGUGCAGAAGAACAAUGACAUCAUAACCGCCUGCUUGCAAGCUGUGUCACAGAAAAGACGAGUUGAUACUAGACUGAAGUUUACUAUUGAACCUUCACUGGGCAAAAAUGGAUUCCAGCAGUGGUAUGACGCGCUCAAAGCUGUGGCCAGGCUACCCACUGGAAUCCCAAAAGAGUGGAGGAAAAGGGUUUGGUUGACACUAGCGGAUCAGUAUCUCCACACCAUCUCCAUAGACUGGGACAAGACCAUGCGCUUUGCCUUCAACGACCGCAGCAAUCCUGAUGAUGACACCAUGGGAAUACAGAUAGUCAAGGACCUGCACCGGACAGGCUGCAGCUCAUACUGCGGGCAGGAGGCUGAGCAGGACCGCGUGGGGCUCAAGAGGGUGCUGCUGGCCUACGCUCGCUGGAACAAGGCAGUGGGAUACUGCCAGGGCUUCAAUGUGCUUGCCGCGCUCAUCCUGGAGGUCGUGGAGGGCAACGAGGGAGAGGCGCUCAAGGUUAUGAUCUACCUGAUUGACAAAGUGCUACCUGACAGCUACUUUGCCAAUAACCUGCGCGCUUUAUCAGUGGACAUGGCUGUGUUCAGAGACCUGCUGAGGAUCAAGCUCCCUGAACUCUCCCAGCAUCUGGAUCAUCUGCAGAGAGCAGCCAACAGAGAGAGUGGAGGCAGCUAUGAGCCGCCUCUCACCAAUGUCUUCACCAUGCAGUGGUUCCUUACCAUGUUUGCCACCUGUCUCCCGAACCACACCGUGCUGCAGAUCUGGGACUCUGUGUUCUUCGAAGGGUCGGAGGUGCUGCUGAGGGUCGCCCUGGCCAUCUGGGCAAAGCUGGGAGAACGGAUAGAGAAUUGCCAGAGUGCGGAUGAGUUCUACAGCAUGAUGGGGUGUCUGGCCCAGGAGAUGCUAGAACACAACCUGAUCGACUCCAAUGAUCUCAUGCAGACUGUGUACUCCAUGGCUGAGUUCCCAUUCCCUCACCUGGCCGAGCUGCGAGAGAAGUACACCUACAACAUCACCCCCUUCCCAGCCCCUGGGAAGCUGGGUAAGAGCCGAGACAGUGACGAGGAGAUCGAUAUCGACGAUGAGGAUUCGCUGGUCAGCGCAGUGGGGUGUCUCGGGCCCUUCAGUGGCCUGCUGGCCACGGAGCUGCAGAGAUACCAGAAGCAUCUGACAGAUCACAAGGAUGUACAGAGCCUGCGCUCCAGUAACAUUGCAGAGCUGAGCCCCGGAGCCAUUGAUUCGAGCCGCAGUGAAUACCAAGCCACCUUCAACAGCAUGAUGAUGGAGAGGAUGACCACAGACAUCAGCGCUCUCAAGAGACAGUACUCCCGGAUCAAACGAAGGCAGCAGCAGCAGGCUAACCUCAUCUAUAUCAAAGCAGGUACAGAGGAGGAGCCUAACCCUGGGAUUGUGAGUGAUCCCAGGAGCCAGUCCCGGAACGGCACGGAAAACCAGGGACCCACCACCAGCCUCCUGCCAUCUCAGAGCCAUCAUUUCCCGGUCAUGAACCACCUCCUCCUGGGCAAAAAGCUGAAGCAGACCCAGAGGGGCUCCCAGAACAACAUUGUGCACAUCCAAGCAGCCAAACCAGCCCCUCUGCCCCACGAAGACAUGAAGACCAAGCUUAACUCCCCCUGGCGCACACAUGUCCGAGUCCAUCGCAAAAACCUGGCCAGAGCCCGGGGCCAGCUGAGCUACGGGGACACCAUAGGACUGAUCAAGGAGCCAGGGGACCAGAGCCCCAAACCGGGAGGGGAUUUAACACAGGGGGGCUCUGAGAAGUGUGGGGACGAAAAAGAACUGGCAGGGGGUAUAGAGAAGGAGGAGGAUGAGCAACUGAAGCAGGAGGAGGAGGAGGAGGAGAAGCAGAAGGAGAGGCCGGUUGAGAAAGCUGAUGGUCAGUCCCCGGUGCCAGCUUACCCGGACGACAGCAUCACAGAGGUUCAGCACCAGCUGGAAGCUCUGGAGCUCAGCCCUACCGCCGCUGAUCCAGAGCCGCCCCGGUGCCAAAGGAAAGCGUCCGAUUCCUCUAGCUCUGAGAGCGGGGGGUCCAGCGUCCCCAAGACCCAGCCCUUCUGCCCUUUCCCCAGCGUCAAGCCGCUCAGGAAGUCGGCCGCGGCCAGGAACUUAGGACUGUACGGGCCCACAUCCCGGACUCCCACCGUGCACUUCCCUCACAUGAGCAAAAACGUCAACCGGCUCUCCAAUGGAGGCAGCGGCACCAAGAAGCGGUGAUGAAACGGCAGUGUGUUAAAGACUGAGGCUUUGAAAUCCAUUCCGAACACUGUUUCAGCACCGUUUCAGCAAAAAUGUUUAAUGAAACUCUACUUUGAACCAAAAGGUAUCAAGAACUGCAAACUUGAUGUAAUUAAGCAAAAUGGGCUUCAAACAAUCUCCCAAACAAAACACUCUUUAACAGUCCUUUUUUGUGGAAAGGUCCAGAUUAUCACUUAAUGAGGAAGAUCUCUGUGUUCCGUAACUUUUUUUUUUUUAAUUAUAUAUUUUUCAAUGUAUUAACAGGGCGUAGUGCUAUAUUUAGAAGUAAGGGGUCACUAUUAUCUACCCCCCCCCCCCCCUGCUAUCUCAACCCUACCAUGCUGCCUGUAGUCCCCGUUUCCCCAUACACUCAGGAACGCAGUUUAUCACUAGUAGUUACGGUAUUUGAAAGGGCUAACAAGUGUAUCAAUUGAUUACAAAUUCAGACAAUCGGGUAUUGAGGUAUUAUUGUAAAGCAACUAGACUUACAGCUAUUUAUAUUAAAGAUAAAUAAAUAAA